UGACAUCCACGUUCAUUGUUCAAUUGUUCCUCAUUGAUUGUCUUAGCCAUGGCUGCCAAUAGGCUCACAGGUACCCUUCCGACGGACAUGUUCACUAAUCUUACUAGCUUAUCAACGCUUUUCUUGGGAGGGAAUCUUCUGUCCGGACGCAUACCACCAUCCAUUGGCUAUGCUUCGAGCUUAACUCGAGUCGACCUCGCAAACAACAGCUUCAGUGGCCAAAUCCCAUGGCUAGGGAAACUACCAAAUAUUCGAAUAUUAAGCUUACAGAGUAAUCAGCUGGUUAAUGAUGAACCAAGAGGCAUGGAUUUCCUUACUUCUUUGGCAAAUUCUCCCCAACUUGAAGUAUUUUCGGUGGCUGAAAACCUUCUUACCGGUAAACUUCCGUCUUCCAUAGGCAACCUCUCAAGACAACUUUCAUUGUUGGUGAUGAACAACAACUUUUUCCAAGGAACAUUGCCUAGAGAAAUAAGCAAUCUGGUCAAUGUAACCCUGUUCGCUUUUGAACACAAUUCCUUAACCGGAAACAUUCCAUCUUCAAUAGGAACUUUGCCAAAUUUGCAGUACAUUUUCUUACAAGAAAACAGAUUCUCAGGAAAGAUACCAGAGUCUCUGGGAAACCUGACAUAUUUGGCUGAAGUUCAUCUAAGCAACAAUCUCUUAGAAGGAACCAUUCCGUCAAGUUUCGGAAACUGUCAGCGUCUUCAGUUGCUAGACCUUUCAGUUAACUUGCUUAAUGGUACCAUACCACCAGAUAUAUUUCGAAUCCCGAGUUUCGGUAAGGUCUUGAACCUCUCUUUCAAUUCUUUAACCGGAUCUGUUCCAUCCGACAUCGGUAGUCUAAAUAUGAUUCAAGCGAUAGACUUCUCGAGUAACCGAUUAUCUGGGGGUAUACCUUUCACCAUUGGAGAUUGUUCAAGCCUUAUGUAUUUGGAUAUGUCUAGAAACUCAUUUCAGGGAACCAUACCAAAUUCUCUAGACAAAUUGAGAGGGAUAGAGUAUAUUGAUAUCUCUUCAAACAAUCUCACCGGUAACAUCCCGGCUUCUUUAGAAUCUUUAAGGUUCUUGCAAGUUUUAAACCUGUCCAGGAACCAACUCUCAGGGGAGGUUCCAACAGCAGGGAUUUUCGGAAACUUGACAGUCGUUUCUGUUUCCGAAAAUCUCAAGCUUUGUGGUGGAGUACCUGACUUGGAACUACCCAAAUGCGAUUCUCCUCGAGAGAAGUCCAGUGGUUUGAGAUUGAGAAUUGUACUAAUAGCGACGUUUGCAUCGAUUGCAUUCAUCUUGGCUUCUGUGUUAGUCUUCUGGUUAGUGAGUAGAAAGAAAGAUUUGGGCGUCCAUCAGGUUAAGGAGGAAGCGGAUUCACUGGAGAUAUAUCCGAUGUAUAGGCAACACGAUCUCAAACUCGCCACUCGGAAUUUCAGUUCAGAGUGUUUGAUUGGAGAGGGUAGCUUUGGAUCAGUUUACAAGGGUGUUCUAAAUGAUGGAAGUGUAGUAGCUAUCAAGGUCUUCAAAAUGGGACAACAUGGAGCUUCCAAGAGCUUUCUAGCAGAAUGCGAAGCUCUUCGACGUAUCCGACACCGGAACCUCGUUAAAAUCAUAAGUGUAUGUUCAGCAGGCGAUUUCAAGGCACUAGUACUUAAGUUCAUGCCAAAUGGAAACUUGGAACAAUUACUUCACCCAAGAAGUGAAGCUUCUGAGGUAGGAAAAGCUCUUGGAAUGAACCAGAGAUUGAAUGUAGCUGAAGAUGUUGCCUCAGCACUGGAGUACCUGCAUCAUGAUUGCGAAACCCCAGUCGUGCACUGCGAUCUCAAGCCGAGUAACGUUCUCCUGGACGAAGAAAUGUCGGCUCAUCUCACCGAUUUCGGACUUGCAAGAAUCCUACUUAGAAAUUCUCCCAAUGCUCAUUUUAGUAGUUCACUUGGACUAAAAGGUUCAAUUGGCUACAUGGCUCCAGAAUACGGCACUGGUGCUGGCGUGUCAACACGAGGCGAUGUCUACAGUUUCGGUAUAGUGAUCCUUGAGAUGUAUACGAGGAAAAGACCAGUGGAGAAAUGGAUUUGCAGAAAUGGGUUUCAAUGCAUCUUCCUGGUAAUUUCCAGGACAUUGUGGAUCAUGAACUUAAGCAGAAAGAAUGGCAGCCGGCAUACGAUGACGGCAUCGGCCGAAUGUUAGAAAUGGGAUUGAUGUGUGCAAGUAAAUCACCUGUAGAACGACCAACCAUGAGAGAAGUCUCUGUAAUGAUAAAAAAUGUCAAGGCAAGUUUAUCAGAGUGAUAGUAAUGUAUUAUAAUUAUAAUCGGUAGGGUCU